CAGGAGAUCUAUGAAUUUGGGUGUGAAAAAAUUCAUCUUUAUUUUCAGUAACCUGUAACUGAAAAUUAGCAUUUCCUUUAGGUAAUUAGAACAUGAUUCCGAGAACGGGUCUAUAGACUGCCAGAGGGGUCCAUGACACAGAAGGGCCCAGAUCCUCUGUUUGAGAGGAUUUCCAAAGAUUUUUUUCUAGGGGCAAAUCCUAGGAUUCAAAGUUAAAAGAUUGCUAAGCCAAGGGUCGAUGGGCUUUUGGGACUGGAAUCAUGAGAGACCCUGUCGGUUCAGUAUCUUGCAGUUGGGCACACAGUGUGCAUACUGUUUAUUCAUGGACUGCCUGAAAAGAAGCGGAAUCAUAGGUCCAUAGACCUGGAGCUGGAAGCCAUCUAGUUAACACCCUCCACUCCUCAAUUUGUUGAUCAGGAAACUAACAUCCACAGAGAUGAUGUGCCAAGAUUACAUAGGCAAUAGGCUUUUGAGACAGCAUUUGAACCCAGGUGUCCUGAUUCCAGAGUGCUAACAGGCUGCUGCGUACAAGUGUUGGAGCUUAUUUUUUUUUAGUCCUGUUUAAAAUGCUGUGCUACUAUCAUAAGGACUCAACCUUUUUUUUUGUACUGUGAUUAAUCAUUUUUCUCAGUUUUAUAAGUUUAUGUUUCUAGGGAAAUGAGUUCAAAGACAUGUACAAUCAUUCGCAAUCUUUUUUUUUUGUUUUGCUAACCCUCUAUUUCCUAGAAUCCCUUUUUCCUUCAUAACUCAGGUUAAAAACCAUUUCUAGGAAAAGCCUUUUCUCAUCACUUUGGCCGCUAGGAAGAAAGCUUUUGAAUAAAAAAGCUCUUGAAUUGCUUCUUUCUCUGCUUGUAUCUGUAGCACAAAAUAGGUCUUUAAUAAACGCUCAUUGGUUGAUUGAUAGGUCUUUCUUUGCCCUUCUAUUUAUUUUGAUGUCUCCUUUGAUAGAAUAUAAGCUCCUACUGGACCUGGACCUUUGGUGGUUUUUGUAAUCCCACUGCUCGCUGUGUAAUAGGCAAUUAAUAAAUGCUUACUGAUUGUUUCUUAAAUGCUUACUGAUUGUUUCGUUCUUUCUUUCAUUUUUGUUCCUAUAUUUGAAUACUCAUUCUUAUUAAGGGAAGUUUCAAUAAAAACAUUUUAAAAGAUAAAAACAAGUUUGAAUUUUUGUUGUUCUGUAAGAUGCGACAGACAAUAAUGACGCAUCUCCUACGUGCAAGAAUCACGUCAGGGCACCAUGUUGGAUCUCUCCUUUUCUCGGUACCUACUAUCUCUCCCACCUCCCCUUCACCCCCAAUGACAUUCCUACAAACCGCAUCCCAGUAAAAUGCAAGCUCUUUGAGGUGGUGCUUCUGUCAUUUUUUCUCUCUGCAUUUCCUGCACCCAGCUUGUGGCUCGUGUGCAGGUGUUCGGCUUGCACAUUGAAAGUUCACAGAAAGAGUCCUUUGUCUCUUGCUGUUUCUCUCUAUGCUUGUCUUCUUUCUGUUACCCACAUUUUAGAUAGGUUGGUGAUAUCUAAACAGCGCUCAGAAGAGGGUAACCAGGAGGAAGGCCUUUAGCCUAGGGCUACUCUUUGGCUCUCUCCUUAGGGGACAUAAAAGACUUUUGUCUUUGAAUAGAUACUAAGUGGAAGAAACAGACGACUGCUGCGCCUGCCCACAGAAAGGAAAAGCACGAGCUGUGGGGGAGCUCCUGCGAGAGCCGGAGCAGAAGUCCAUCCCCAAGCGUGUUCCAUCUCCGGAAGAAAGACUCCCCUUAAUGAAAACCUUCCAGGAAAUCUGCAUAACCCUGGUCGGGGAGUCGCAGGUCCGGAGCCCUCUGGUUCCUCUUCUUAGCACGAUGCUGCCCCUACAGCUGCCAUCAGUUUCUCUCGGUUUCAUUUAGUGCCCCGCCUUUCUUCCUCUCGAUUGGCCCGCGGGCCCGCCUGUGUCCCUCGGGCUCUCCCGGCGGGCCUCCCCAUUGGCCGAAGCCGACGUAAAGCCGCGGGGGGCAGGGUCCGUUCCUUUUCCAGCUCCCGCCCCCAUGCCGCCGGUGCCCGCCCCCUCGCUCCCCUCCGGGGCCGCCGCCCAGAAGCCGGUCUUGGGCUCGGCCGCCGACGCCGACGGCUCGCCUCAGCCUCCUCUGCUGUCGUUGCUCCCGAGCACGUCAGAGGGCGCCUCCGGGUUUAGCGAGGAGGCGGCUCCGAAGGAGCGGGGGCGGCGGCCGAGCCAGGUCUCUAGACAAGGCCAAGGCCGGGGCCGGGGCCGGGGCCGGAGCCGGAGCCAGGAUCUCAAGCCGGGGAGCCUGAGCCCCACUCCGAGGCCAAGCCAGAACUCGGGCUCCUCGCGCUGGACCCGCACUGGCAUGGCGGCCUCGACGGUGCUGGGCGCCGGCCUGGCGCGGAUCCUCUUCUACCCGACGCUGCUGUACACGCUGGUGCGCGACAAGGUGUCGGGACGGGGGCACCGCGACUGGUACCACCGCAUCGACUCCACCGUGCUGCUGGGCGCACUGCCGCUGCGCAGCCUCACGCGCCGGCUGAUAGAGAAGGAGAAUGUCAGGGGAGUGAUCACCAUGAAUGAAGAAUAUGAGACAAGGUUCCUGUGUAACACUUUUGAGGAAUGGAAAGCCCUUGGAGUAGAGCAAUUGCGGCUCAGCACUGUGGACAUGACUGGAGUCCCAACUUUGGAAAACCUAAAGAAAGGUGUCCAGUUCACACUCAAGUACGUGGCACUGGAGAAAUGUGUCUAUGUUCACUGCAAGGCUGGGCGCUCCAGAAGUGCCACCAUGGUGGCAGCCUAUUUGAUGCAGGUGUACAAGUGGAAUCCGGAGGAGGCGGUGGGUGCUAUCGCCAGGAUCCGUUCCCACAUCCACAUUCGACCUGGGCAAGUAGAGGUCCUCAAGGAAUUCCACGAGCAGCUCAUGGCUGAAGCAGAAAAAACUAAGGCCUCCCAAGAAGUACCAGGUCAUGAAUGAAGGAAGGGGACUGGAAAGAACUCUUAAGACUCUGCUGCUCAUUGCAGAAUAAAGAAGUGCAUUCAGUGGACCCUAGGGGCUGUAACCCAUAAUAGGCAGAAAAACAUUUCGCUCUACCAGAAGUGUGGCAAAGGAUGGAUAACCAUCCUUUUUGUCUGCUUUGUUUUGCUCCAGUCUCAGAAAACUGUUCAUGUUAACAACAGAAACUAAGUGUAACCUCA